AUGCAUGAUCUUAUUUGUGAUGUGGCCUCAGCGAUCGCUUCUAGGGACUAUAAUGUGUUUACACUAAAAGACGAAGAUGUUCUUAAAGAUUGGCCUAAUGGAGAGACAAUGGCAAAAUGCACCAUGAUUAGUUUGAGAUAUGCUAAUAUUAGCUAUUUUCCCAAAGAGUUGAAAUGUCCGCAACUUGAUCUUUUUCUUCUGUAUAACGAGAAUCCUUCCGUGGGAUUGCCAAUUAACUUUUUUAAGGAAGCACUAAAUCUUAAAGUUUUAGAUUUGACUGAUAUGCAAUUUCAGUCGUUACCUUCCUCAAUUAGUCUCCUAACAAACCUUCGGACAUUGUGCCUAGACCAAUGUAUUUUGGGAGAUAUUGCUGGGGUUGGUGAGCUCAAGAAUUUAGAAAUUCUUAGCCUUUUGGGUUCGGAUAUUGAAAUGCUACCUAAGGAAAUUGGGGAAUUGAUCAAAUUAAGGUUGUUAGAUCUCAGUGAGAGGCAGGCCAACCAACAAAGCAAUGCUAGUCUUGCUGAAUUGAAGCUUUUGUCUCAUCUGACCACUUUAGAUGUUCAUAUUCCUGAUGCCAAGAUUAUGCCAGUGGACUUGUUCUCCGAGAAGUUGGAAAGAUGCAAGAUUUUCAUAGGAAAGGGAUGGGAUUGGGUUGGUGAGUGUGAACAUUCGAGGACAUUGAAACUCAAGUUAAAUACAAGUGUUGAUGAGUUGGAUCAUGGAUUUAAGAUGUUUCUAAAGAAAACUGAAGAUCUAUAUUUAGAUGACAUGAAAGGUGUCAAGAUUGCACUGCAUGAGUUGAUGGAUGAGGAAGUCUUUCAGCAAUUAAAGAAUCUCCAUAUCCAAAAUGGUUCAGAGAUCGAAUAUAUCAUUAGUGAUGAUGGUGCAGCUUAUAAAAAUGAAUUUCUUCAAUUGCGAUCUUUGACACUCCAUGGUCUGCCACAGCUCAUUAGCUUUUGCUUUGAAAACAAAAGGGGCUCUAAUUCAUGUCAAAAUGAGUUAUCGCUUUUUAGUGAAAAGAGCCUUCGGUUGUCCUCAAUUAAUGUUGAAAGGAUAUGGCACAACCGGUUUUCAAAUAUAUCUGAGUACGGCGCUCAAAAUCUAACAAGUUUGACAAUCAAGGGUUGCGACAACUUGAAACAGCUAUUAUCAUCUUCUAUGGCUAGAAGUCUAACGCAUCUUAAAUGCUUUGAGAUAGUUGAAUGCAAAUGCUUAAGAGAGGUGAUAUUUGCAGGGGAUAUAGAAGAAGAAGACAAGGCUACGAUUUCAUUUCCUCAAUUAAACUCUCUAAAGAUAAGGAAGCUUCAACAUCUUAUUGGGUUUUGUUCAGAAAAUUAUACUAUUGAAUUCCCAUCCUUGAAGCUUCUGGAGAUAGAGCAAUGUCCUCAGUUGCGGGGAUUCGUAUCUAAAUCUACAAUGGAGAAGAACCAACAUUUCUCUCCACAAGCUCUCUUCAAUGAAAAGGUUGCGUUCCCUACUUUGGAGCAACUGAGUAUUUCCUGGUUGAGAAAUAUGAAGAUGAUAUGGCACAAUCAACUCUCUGUAAAUUCCUUUUGCAAAUUGGAAACAAUGUUAGUUGAACAUUGUAAUGAGCUCUUUGCCAUUUUUCCAUUUGAUUUGUUGACUACAUUUCAAGGACUUCAAACUCUACAAGUAUCUGGUUGUGGUUCAGUGGAACACAUAUUUGAACUCCAAAGGUUAAAUAUGAAAGAAACACAUGUUGUGGCUGCUCAACUAAGAGAAUUGUAUGUUUUUAAUCUACCAAAACUGAAGAAUGUUAGGAACGAGGACCCCCAAGGAAUUUUAACGUUUCAAAAUCUAAAUGUGGUAUGGGUUAAGAAUUGUUGGAGUUUGAAGCACGUACUGCCAGCCUCAGUUGCCAGAGUUCUUCCACAACUUAAAGAUCUUAGAGUAAGUAGCUAUGCAGUGGAGGAGAUUGUUUCAAAAACGGAGGGAUGGGAAACGAGUGUAACUAAUUUUGAGUUUGAUGAAGUGUCCUCCUUUAUGCUAUGGAACCUACCAAAUCUCAAAUAUAUGACUGAGGACGACCAAUUGGACUCCCCGAACCAAGCACCACUUUUCUUAGUUGAAAAGGUGGUUCCCAAAUUAGAAGAAGUGUCUUUGACCAGUGAUGACAUUGCAAUAAUAUGUGACAGCAAUGUUUCCCAAGGCAUUUUCCAUGAAAUAAAAGCUCUUAAUCUGCUCUGCUACCACGAUGAAUCUGCUAUUUUUCCAACUACCUUUCUUGAAAGAUUCAACAAUUUGGAAAAGCUUGAGGUGGGUUGUAGCAGAUUUAAUGAUUUAUUCUCCUACGAAAGAGGUGUUGGCAAGGGGACAAAUGCUCCGACAUUUUUGCCAGUUAGAAAGUUAACACUGGGUGGUCUUCAUUACCUAGAACACAUGUGGAUGCAAGGGUCACGACUUGACUGCAUUCUUCCCAAUCUUGAAAUACUUGAAGUUGUCCUUUGUGGCAAUAUGAUUAGUUUAGGAUCAUCCUCAACACCUUUUCAAAAUCUCAUGACUUUGGAUGUGCAGGAGUGUAGAGCAAUGAUAAAUUUAGUUACAUCCUUAGCAGUCCAAAGUUUGGUCCAACUCAAAAUUUUGCGGAUAAAAAACUGUGGUUCAAUGAAAGAAAUUGUUGGAAAUGAGGGAGAUGAUGAAGCAACCUAUGACAUUAUUUUCAAUAGGUUGGAAUGUAUAGAACUUCGACAUUUACCAAGCCUUAAAAGCUUUUGUUCUGGCCAUCACACAUUUGGAUUCCCAUCUUUGAACCAAGUGAUAGUGAGCCACUGUCCAGAAUUGGAGAUCUUUUGCAAGGGAGAUUUAAAUACACCAAUUUUGCAAAGAGUACAAGUAAUUGCAGGUGAAGAUGAGAAGGUACACUGGGAUGGUGACCUUAAUGUUACCAUCCAACGGUUGUACACAAAAAAGGUUGACUAUGAAGGAAUAGAGUGGCCGGUGCUCUUUGACUCUUCCAAGGCAAUAGAGAUAUGGAGGGAUAAUCUUUGA